AUGCCGUACAUCUUUGCCUUUUUCUGCACCGGUUUUCUAGGUGCGGUUGUGGGUGCCAAUUUCCCCAACAAUAUCCAGAUAGGGGGAUUAUUUCCAAACCAACAAUCGCAGGAACAUGCAGCUUUUAGGUUCGCUUUGUCCCAACUCACAGAGCCCCCCAAGCUGCUUCCCCAGAUCGAUAUUGUGAACAUCAGUGACAGCUUCGAGAUGACUUACCGAUUCUGUUCCCAGUUCUCCAAAGGAGUCUAUGCCAUCUUUGGGUUUUAUGAACGAAGGACUGUCAACAUGCUGACCUCUUUCUGUGGGGCCCUCCACGUGUGCUUCAUUACUCCAAGCUUUCCCGUUGACACAUCCAAUCAGUUCGUCCUUCAGCUGCGCCCGGAACUACAGGAAGCUCUCAUUAGCAUCAUCGACCAUUACAAGUGGCAGACCUUUGUCUACAUUUAUGAUGCUGACCGGGGCCUGUCAGUCCUGCAGAGAGUCUUGGAUACAGCUGCAGAGAAAAACUGGCAGGUGACGGCUGUCAACAUUCUGACAACCACCGAAGAAGGCUACCGGAUGCUCUUUCAGGACCUGGAGAAGAAAAAGGAGAGGCUGGUGGUGGUGGACUGUGAAUCAGAACGCCUCAACGCCAUCCUGGGCCAGAUUGUGAAGCUGGAGAAGAAUGGCAUUGGGUACCACUACAUCCUUGCCAAUCUGGGUUUCAUGGACAUUGACUUAAACAAGUUCAAGGAAAGUGGAGCCAACGUGACGGGUUUCCAGUUGGUGAACUACACAGACACCAUCCCAGCCAGAAUCAUGCAGCAGUGGAGGACGAGCGACGCUCGAGACCACACCAGGGUCGACUGGAAGAGGCCAAAGUACACAUCCGCUCUCACCUACGAUGGUGUGAAGGUGAUGGCCGAGGCUUUCCAGAGCCUGCGGAGGCAGAGAAUUGACAUAUCCCGACGGGGAAAUGCCGGGGACUGUCUGGCUAACCCAGCUGUGCCCUGGGGCCAAGGAAUUGACAUCCAGAGAGCCCUACAGCAGGUACGAUUCGAAGGUUUGACCGGAAAUGUGCAGUUUAACGAGAAAGGGCGCCGGACCAACUAUACCCUCCACGUGAUCGAAAUGAAGCAUGACGGGAUCCGCAAGAUUGGUUACUGGAAUGAAGACGAUAAGUUUGUUCCUGCAGCCACUGAUGCUCAGGCUGGAGGGGACAACUCCAGCGUCCAGAAUAGAACCUACAUCGUCACCACGAUCCUCGAAGAUCCUUAUGUGAUGCUCAAAAAGAAUGCCAACCAGUUUGAGGGCAACGACCGCUACGAGGGCUACUGCGUGGAGCUGGCUGCGGAGAUCGCCAAGCAUGUGGGCUACUCCUACCGACUCGAGAUCGUCAGUGAUGGCAAAUACGGAGCCCGGGACCCGGACACAAAGGCCUGGAACGGCAUGGUGGGAGAGCUGGUCUAUGGAAGAGCAGAUGUCGCGGUGGCCCCCUUGACCAUCACCUUGGUCCGGGAGGAGGUCAUUGACUUCUCCAAGCCAUUCAUGAGUUUGGGAAUCUCCAUCAUGAUUAAGAAGCCACAGAAGUCCAAGCCGGGUGUCUUCUCCUUUCUUGACCCUCUGGCCUAUGAGAUCUGGAUGUGUAUUGUGUUUGCCUACAUCGGAGUGAGCGUCGUCCUCUUCCUGGUCAGCCGGUUCAGUCCCUAUGAAUGGCACAGCGAAGAGUUUGAAGAGGGACGAGACCAGACAACCAGUGACCAGUCAAAUGAGUUCGGCAUAUUCAACAGCCUCUGGUUUUCUCUGGGAGCCUUCAUGCAGCAAGGAUGUGACAUUUCUCCCAGGUCCCUGUCUGGACGCAUCGUCGGCGGCGUCUGGUGGUUCUUCACUUUGAUCAUCAUCUCUUCCUACACAGCCAACCUGGCCGCCUUCCUGACUGUGGAGAGGAUGGUGUCUCCCAUUGAGAGCGCAGAGGACCUGGCAAAGCAGACGGAAAUUGCUUAUGGGACAUUGGAAGCAGGCUCCACUAAGGAGUUCUUCAGGAGGUCUAAAAUCGCUGUAUUUGAGAAGAUGUGGACAUACAUGAAGUCAGCAGAGCCAUCUGUGUUUGUUCGGACCACAGAGGAGGGCAUGAUCAGAGUGAGAAAAUCCAAAGGCAAAUAUGCCUACCUCCUGGAGUCCACCAUGAAUGAGUACAUUGAGCAGCGCAAGCCCUGUGACACCAUGAAAGUAGGAGGUAACUUGGAUUCCAAGGGCUACGGCAUUGCGACACCCAAGGGGUCCGCCCUGAGAGGUCCCGUAAACCUAGCGGUUUUGAAACUCAGUGAGCAAGGCGUCUUAGACAAGCUGAAAAGCAAAUGGUGGUACGAUAAAGGGGAAUGUGGAAGCAAGGACUCCGGAAGUAAGGACAAAACAAGUGCUCUGAGCCUCAGCAAUGUGGCUGGCGUAUUCUACAUCCUGAUCGGAGGGCUGGGACUGGCCAUGCUGGUUGCCUUAAUCGAGUUCUGCUACAAAUCCCGCAGCGAGUCCAAACGGAUGAAGGGUUUCUGUUUGAUCCCACAGCAAUCCAUCAAUGAAGCCAUACGGACAUCCACCCUCCCCAGGAACAGUGGGGCAGGAGCCAGUGGAGGAGGCGGCAGCGGAGAGAAUGGCCGGGUGGUCAGCCAGGACUUCGCCAAGUCCAUGCAAUCCAUUCCCUGCAUGAGUCACAGUUCAGGGAUGCCCUUGGGAGCCACAGGAUUGUAA